AGUUCUGCAUCGCAAUGGAGGAAACCCUAAUCGCAUGGAUUCGAAGGGGUGGACCCCACUCCACUACACGGCAUGGAAGGGGCACGUGAAGGCCGCUGAGUGUUUGUUGGAAUGCUCCAACAUGAAGUGCGCGAGGGAUAGGGAGGGGAGAAUGGCAUUUUCUGUUGUAGCAGAGAGUGAGCACGAACAAUCUCACGCGCGCACGUGCUUGGUCGAUUUGCUGGGUUGGGGCGACACGCUGUUGCGUGCGGUGAGAGUUGACAAUGUUCAUGACAUGAAGAAAUGUUUGGGGGAAGGGGUUAGUGUGAACGGGAGGGACCAGAACAGGUGGACCUCAUUGCAUUGGGCAACGUUCAAGGGUCGAAUAAAGAGCGUGAAGGUGUUGCUUGAACACAGUGCCGAGGUUGAAACCGUUGAUGAUGCUGGCUACACUCUGUUGCAUUGUGAUGCUGAGGUAGACCAUUUGCAAGUUGCCCUCUACUUGAUCGCUCAUGGUGCCUCUCAACCCAAUCUUAUUUUUUCUCUCUAGUUAAAAAACUCUUUUUUACUUUCCACUUGAUUGGUCUUUGUGAAUUUUAUUAUUGGA